CGGUGCAGCAGCCCCUCCACCCCCAGUGGUAUCCUGUCCCCUGUGGGCCCCGGGGGGUCAGACAGCCACCUGCAGUGGGAGGAGCGGCAGGGACAGUGGCUGAGGAGGAGGCGGCUGGAUGGGGCCAUCAACAGGGUCCCAAUGGGCUUCUACCAGAAGGUGUGGAAGAUCCUGCAGAAGUGCCACGGCCUGUCAAUAGAUGGAUACGUGCUGCCUUCCUCCACUACCAGAGAGAUGACAGAAGGCGAGAUCAAGUUUGCGGUGCACGUGGAGUCUGUUCUGGAACCACGUCCCCAGCCAGAGUACCGACAGCUGCUGGUGGAGGCUGUGAUGGUGCUGACGCUGGUGGCUGACGUGGAUGUGGACAACAUCGGAGGGAUCAUCCUCAUCGACCGCAUCGUACACAUGGCCAAUGACCUCUUCUUACAGGACCAGGUAAGCCUGAGCCAGAACGGCCCAUAGGGCAGGAGCCUGUUUCCUGUUUCUGUAGCGUGAUGUACGAGUAACUACACCCUCUGGAACAUCUGCAAGCAGAGACGC